AUGUCUUUGGAAGAUAAGUUCUCGAAAUUGUUUGUUAGUGCGCAGCCAGAUGCGUUGGCUGUCAAAUCGCUGGUGUUCAAGCCAAAAACUGCGAAGUCCGCUACGCCAGUGCCCAUCGUUGUAGUCGCUUUACAGAGCACAUCGACUGCAUCUGCCUUAAUUGCCAGCGCCAGCGGUACCAAGGAGCCUCGUUUGGCCCGUGAUGAGCUUUUCGCUUCGCACUUUCAGUGUGCGUCAGGUAAGGACUUUCACCUUGGCCACUUGUUGAAUGCCACUUCUGAAUUCAAGCUGCUCGUUGAUAACGUCUUGACUGAAGUUGAGGACUCCCAGAUUCUUCAGUUGACUGAAGAGAAGUUCAUCGCGAAAUCGGAGCUCGUUGGGUUUUUGGAGCAGUUCACACCUCAGGUGGUCGACUUUUCCCAAGAAGCACCAAAAAAAGAUGACUCCAAAAAGCCAGCAGGAAAGCCUGUCGCCAGCGGCCAGGGAAAGUCUGCUGCUUUGGAGGAUGCAAAACUAAUUGGUAUCACAGUCGACAAGAAAAUGGACUUCUCCGGCUGGUACCAACAGGUUCUCACGAAGGGUGAGAUGCUUGACUACUACGACGUUUCGGGCUGCUAUAUUCUAAGACCACCUUCUUACGCCAUUUGGGAGGUGAUUCAGAAAUGGUUCGACAAUAAGAUCAAAGCUAUUGGUGUCGAAAAUGCUUAUUUCCCCAUGUUCGUGUCCUCGCGCGUUUUAGAGAAGGAGAAAGACCACGUCGAGGGUUUUGCUCCAGAGGUUGCCUGGGUGACAAGAGCAGGCUCUUCGGAGUUGGAAGAGCCUAUUGCCAUUAGACCUACUUCUGAAACUGUGAUGUACCCAUACUACGCUAAAUGGAUUCAGUCCUACAGAGACUUGCCCAUAAAGCUUAAUCAAUGGAACUCUGUUGUCAGAUGGGAAUUCAAACAUCCACAACCCUUUUUGAGAACCAGAGAGUUUUUGUGGCAGGAGGGUCACACAGCACAUUUGACUAAAGAAGAUGCUGAAGAAGAAGUUUUACAGAUUUUGGACUUCUACGCUGGUGUUUAUGAGGAACUACUGGCUGUUCCUGUUGUCAAGGGUAGAAAAACGGAGAAAGAAAAGUUUGCGGGAGGUGAUUUCACAACCACCUGUGAAGGUUACAUUCCCCAGACUGGCCGUGGUAUUCAAGGUGCCACUUCUCAUCACUUGGGUCAGAACUUCUCGAAAAUGUUCAACAUCAGUGUGGAAAAUCCACUAGGCCCAGAGCAUCCAAAAGUUUACGCCUACCAGAACUCCUGGGGUUUGAGUACUCGUGUGAUAGGUGUCAUGGUCAUGAUCCACUCAGACAACAAAGGUUUGGUGUUGCCUCCAAGGGUUGCUCAGAAACAAUGUGUUGUUUUGCCCGUAGGUAUAAAUGCUAAGACCUCUGACGAAGAGAGAGCUGCUAUCCACCAGAAGGCUAAGGAAAUCGAACAGCAGCUACGCUCUGCCAACAUUAGAGCCUUUGGUGACUACAACGAUAACUACACCCCCGGCUGGAAAUUCGCACAAUACGAGUUGAAGGGUAUUCCUCUACGUUUAGAAUUUGGUCCAAAGGAUAUGACUAACGAACAAAUCUCAGUUGUUCGCAGAAACGACAAUAGGAAAUACACUGUCAAGUUGGAUGAUUUGACAACUCGCAUUCCUCAGAUUUUGGAAGAAAUGCAGAAUGACUUGUACCUCAGAGCCAAGGAACUUUUCGACUCUCACAGAGUGAUUGUCGAAGACUGGAAGGAUUUUGUUCCUGCUCUGAACAAGAAGAAUAUCAUCUUGGCUCCAUGGUGUGGUGUCAUGGAGUGUGAGGAAGACAUCAAAGACUCCUCUGCCAAGAAGGACGACGGUGAAGAGUUUGAGGCUGACGAAAAGGCCCCAAGUAUGGGUGCUAAAUCGCUGUGUAUUCCAUUCAAGCAGCCAGAGUUGAAGACGGGCCAAAAGUGUAUCAGAUGUGAGAGAAAAGCGCUUCACUACACCAUGUUUGGCCGUUCGUACUGA